GAUGCACAAAACAAAUAAUCACUAGAGUCGGAGCUUUAUCCAGUCUGUGCAGAGAUAAGUGGAAUAUUUGACCUUCACCAUGAUUAACAAGGCUUUCUUUGAAAUUGUGUUGGUUCUGUUGGCUUCUUCCACUGUUUGCUCCCAAGAGCUGAAACUGGUUCUUUGCCAGCAAAGGAGAGUGAACCAAGAGAGUUUAAAACUUUUGAAUGAACUGCAGACCUCGUCAAUUCAGCAGUGUCUACUGCACAGGAAAAACUUCCUGCUUCCCCAGAAGUCUGUGAAUCCUCACCAGUAUCAGAAAGGACAAGUACUGGCCAUUCUUCAUGAGAUGCUUCAACAGAUCUUCAACCUCUUCAGGGCAACCUCUUCUCUUGAUGGUUGGGAGGAAGGUCACACAGAAAAGUUCCUUGUUGAACUUCUUCAACAGCUGGAAUACCUAGAAGCACUCAUGAGACUGCAAGCAAAGAAGAAAAGUGACACCUUGGGCAGUGAGAACCUUAGAUUACAGGUUAAAAUGUAUUUCCAAAGGAUCCAUGAUUACCUGGAAAGCCAGGACUAUAGCAGCUGUGCCUGGACCAUUGUCAAAGUAGAAAUCAACCGGUGUCUGUUCUUGGUGUUCCCACUCACAAGAAAGCUGAGUGAACAGGGCAUGGAAACUUGA